AUGGCUUAUCUAGAUUUAUUACUGGCCAUUUUUCGUUUGACCCAGGAAAGUUUGCUCAUUUUUCACGAGGAUUUUGCUACUCCGGUCUACCGUGUAUCAGCAGCUCGGCUCUCCCGCUCCCAGCUAGAUGCUGGACUGUCCGAGUAUAGUCUUUUAGCCGUUCCACGAUUAUCCAGUCCUGCCAGACUCCUCGACCUCUGCCCGACUGAUGGCCAUGUUCCACCCAGCCUAUCGAGUCAAGGAUCCAAACAUCGGCAUCAUUACCAACACAAGACUGACUCAAAUUCAGGUUUAGGUUCCCGUACUGACCCUCAUCUUGGACACCGGCAUCUCUGUCUAGUCCUACUUCUUUCCUCAUCCUCUUCUGCCUCGUUUUUGACUUCAUCUCCAAUGGGCUUGUCUCCAUCCGCAGAUCUCCAACUGGCUGGGCUGAGAAUGGCCAUUGGCGGCAAUAAGUGGUUUCAUGCCGUCGACCGGCUUAUACAAUCCAGCACGGGUACCUCCGCUCGCCAUCGCAUUGACCCAGUCAUUGUUCCAGUACACAUUUACAUGGAUCGUCAAGCCGCCUGGCUGCGCCAGCUGGCUCAUCGAUCCGUUGCUCCUGUUUUAGGCCGGAAUGCACCUGACGAUCUCUUUUUGCGCACAGAAAAUGCUGGCCAUCUCCUCUGGGUUUGGAGGAUGACCUCCAACACAACCGCAUUUCGCUUAAUCCCUUUGAAUAGUCAGGCCCAUCCUGCUCGACAUGCAGCCCUUAAUUCAGAUCUUGGUCCACCGACUCCUCAUAGCAGCACAAUAAGUUGUCUUUUCGCUCACAUCGUCACACUCCUUGUACAUUUUUCUGGAUUGAUACGCUCAAUCCUCAUUUUUAUAGUAGGAAAACUGUUCACCUUCGGUUCUCAACCAGCUACAGCCACUGGAGAAGAGCAUUCAUCUCAUAAUCAUGUGGCAAUAAGGGACGCAGCUAGGCAGAUAAGAGUGGGUCUGCUUGAUGAUCUUGCUAGUCAGGUGCUGCCCAAUCUUGCGUUGCUGCUUGACUGGCGCGAUUGGCUUGAAGCUGAGGAUCCAAAACCCAAUAUUUGCUCUCAGACUAUGACAACUGGUGCUUGCGCUCGGCAGGCUCGAUCGACUGGUUCGUCAUCAUCAGAUGCUCUGGUAUUGGAGAAAUUAGCACAAGCAGGAUGGUUGAUCACACGAAGAUUCUUCUCAGAGGACCUGAUGGUGGAUGAAAUGGCUAUGCCAUUGUGGUGGCGGGUUAAGCGAAAACUUUUUGCAUGGGUGAUGUCGGCGUAUAUCUGGUUGGCAAAGUGA